ACCCUUGUUGGAGCGUUUUAAAACCACCCCCUCUUCCCCCUUUCCCCUUCGUCUCCUCCUCGACGCGCUCACCCCCCCCUCUCUCUCUCUCUCUCUCUCUCUCUCCUCGGCCAUGGCGGAAGAGGUCGAAGAUCCCAAGCCCCAUGCCGCCGAGGGCGCCCCCCAAAGCCACGAUGACUCCUCCGGCGACUCGGCGGCGCAACCUCCUCCGGCCGCCGGCGCCGGUGCCGGCGGCGGAGGCGGGAUCGGGGGCUUCUCCCUCAGCAUCUGGCCCCCGACGCAGCGCACCCGCGACGCCGUGAUCCGCCGCCUCGUCGAGAACCUCACCUCCUCCACCGUCCUCUCCAAGCGCUACGGGGUCGUCCCCGCCGACGAGGCCGAGGAGUCGGCGCGCGCCGUCGAGCGCGAGGCCUUCGCCGCCGCGUCAGCCGCCGCCGCCGCCGACGCCGAGGGUGGCGGGGCCAAGGGCGGCGACUCCGUCGAGGAGGGGAUCGAGGUCCUACACGUCUACUCCAAGGAGAUCAGCCGCCGAUUGCUCGAGUUCGCUAAGUCUAGGGCUUCCGUGGCCUCCCCCGCCUCGUCUUUACCCUCCACCGCAUCCGAUGCUCCGACCGAGGGCGCCGCCUCUGCCGCGGAGGUGGCUUCGCCUCCCGCCGUCGGCGAGGAAGCUUCCGCCGACGCAUCCGAGGCUUCUACCGCUUGAUCCUCGCCCUUAUGAUGUUACCUCUACUUUCCUUUGCUUUCUCGGAUCUUCGAUUAAGAACUUUUGGAUCUUGCCAUAUCUAGAAUUUUAUCUACUUUGCCUCUAUAAAAGAUUAUCUAUGGUAUUUGGGGAUUUGAUACCUUCUUUAAUGGAGAGCUGCCACAUAUAUCUGAUCUAAUACUUAGAAGAUGCAGCUAGGAGUACGUAGAAGAUGUUAUUCGGAAUGUUAUUAGAUUUCUCUAGACAAUUAAAAGCAUGUUGAUGUUAUUAGUGUUUAAUCCUUAAAAUGCUUCAGUAGUAGUUCUCUUUUCUCUAUUA